CCCCAAAACCCUAAUAUGCCGUGGUAUCUCAGAAAUGGAAGUUUAACGCGGUUGUGUGCGACAGCACGAAUAAAGUACUCCAUUAACGUUCAACUGAUGACUAAAGGCGCCUUGUCUCUUCUCCUCCCCCCUCUCUCUCCUCCUCAAUUUCUCUCUCUAAGUUCCCGUCGCCUCCCUCUCUUACAUCCCCCGCCACCUCUCCCUGCAACCUACAUUUUGAAAGCAGCAUCUAGAAGGUUAUUCUCAGCUACAAGAGUUCAGACAGUGUCAACCAUGGCAGCUGAUGAAGAAGUUGUUGGGACUGUUAAGGAUCAAUUAGCAAAACUAUUUGAAGAAUCCCUUAGAGUAACGGUCCCUGACCAGACGGACACAGAUCCUCUGAUUGCUGCUUGCAACCCGAGAUUUGGCGAUUAUCAAUGCAAUAACGCCAUGAGCUUGUGGACGAAAAUCAAAGGCACGGGUUCUGCAUUCACAGGUCCCCAACCUGUUGGUCAGGCCAUUAUGACAAAUCUACCGCAGUCAGAAAUGAUAGAGUCAUGUUCUAUAGCUGGUCCUGGUUUUGUGAAUGUCAAACUAUCAAGGCAAUGGAUAGCAAAGAGCAUCCAAAAAAUGUUGAUAAAGGGUAUUGAAACAUGGUCGCCUAAGCUUCGAGUCAAAAGGGCAGUAGUUGACUUUUCCUCACCCAACAUUGCCAAGGAGAUGCACGUCGGGCACUUAAGAUCUACUAUUAUUGGUGACACGCUAGCCCGUAUGUUAGAGUUUUCAAAUGUUGAGGUUCUUAGGCGAAAUCAUGUCGGUGACUGGGGUACACAAUUUGGUAUGCUAAUUGAAUUUCUUUUUGAGAAAUUUCCAAACAUGGAAGUAGUCAGCGAUCAAGCUAUUGGAGAUCUUGAGGCAUUCUAUAAGGCAUCAAAACAAAGAUUUGACAGUGAUCCUGGAUUCAAGGAGAGGGCACAACAGGCUGUCGUCAGUCUCCAGGGUGGGCAAGAGAAGUAUCGGAAGGCAUGGUCACAAAUCUGUGAAAUCAGUCGAAAGGGAUAUGAGAAAGUUUAUCAACGCCUAGGAAUUGUGUUAGAAGAGAAGGGAGAAAGCUUUUACAACCCCUAUAUACCUGGAGUUUUGGAGGAGUUAGCUAAGCAAGGGUUAAUUGAAGAAAGCGAAGGUGCACGUGUGAUCUUUAUUGAGGGAAAGAAGUAUCCUUUUAUUGUUGUGAAGAGCGAUGGUGGUUUCAACUAUGCUUCGACUGACCUUACAGCUCUUUGGUAUCGUCUUAACGAAGAAAAAGCUGAGUGGAUGAUAUAUGUUACUGAUGUGGGCCAGCGAGAGCACUUUGAAAUGUUGUUCACUGCUGCAAAACGAGCGGGUUGGCUUCCACCUGGUGAUAAUAGCUAUCCUAAAGCUAACCAUGUAGGCUUUGGUCUUGUUCUUGGAGAAGAUGGGAAGCGGUUUAGGACUCGCAGUACUGAAGUGGUUAAGUUAGUUGAUUUACUUGAUGAAGCUAAGAGUCGCUGCAAAGCAGCUCUUGUCGAACGAGGUAAAGCUGAAGAGUGGACAGAGGAGGAACUUGAGCAAACUGCUGAGGCCGUUGGUUAUGGGGCUGUUAAGUAUGCUGACCUAAAGAACAACAGAUUGACCAAUUACACUUUUAAUUUUGAUCAGAUGCUUAAUGACCAGGGAAAUACUGCUGUCUAUUUGCUGUACGCACAUGCUAGAAUCUGUUCUAUCAUCAGGAAAUCUGGUAAAGACGUAGAGGAAUUGAAAAAGACUGGCGCACUAGUUUUGGAACAUCCGAAUGAGCGUGCAUUAGGGCUUCAUUUGCUCCAAUUUGCUGAGAUUGUGGAGGAAGCUUGCACCAAUCUGUUACCAAAUGUGUUGUGUGAAUACUUGUACAACUUAUCUGGACACUUCACAACAUUUUAUACAAAUUGUCAGGUUGUGGGGUCAGAGCAGGAGACAAGCAGACUCUUGUUGUGUGAAGCGACUGCAGAGGUUAUGCGGAAAUGCUUCUAUUUACUUGGUAUUCGGCCAGUCUACAAGAUAUGACAUUCUCGGAGAAGAUUCAUCGCGUUUACAGAAGGAUUUUGACAAUUAUGUUUGGGCACAGAAUUAUCUAUUCUAAUAUAUAAAGGGAGAGCAUAGGUAUUAUGCACAAUGUACGAGGCAUUGCAAAAAAGUGAGAUUGUGCCCAUACGGUCGAGUAUCGGUCAUAUUUACGAUGAUGUAAUUCUCAUUCAAAUUAUGCUGAAGGCUGAUACUUGGUUUGAAACAUGUUCUGAUCAAGUUGUAAAUUUGAGUUGCGAUCACCUGGUUGCACAAAGGAGUAGGUAACUUCUUUAGCCAUGAAUUGGGCACAUUAACAGAACUUUGAAUUUA